UGCUAGGAAAAGUGAGAUUAAAGAAAGAAGAAAGUGCCCCCCUGCGCACAUGGCGCUGCGAGUGGCACGGAGCGUGCGGGCCGCGGUCUGCAGCCUGCGCGCCGUCUCUGCGCCCAACGUGCCCUGCCCGCCGCGGCCCUGGGGACUGCGGGCGGGCGCCGUCCGGGCGCUGCGCACCGGACCCGCUCUGCUGUCGGGUCGUAAAUUCACAGACAAACAUGAAUGGGUAACAGCAGAAAACGGUGUUGGAACAGUGGGAAUCAGUAAUUUUGCACAGGAAGCUUUGGGAGAUGUUGUUUACUGUAGUCUGCCUGAAGUUGGGACAAAAUUGAACAACGAGGAAUUUGGUGUUUUGGAAAGUGUGAAAGCUGCUAGUGAACUCUAUUCUCCUCUAUCAGGAGAAUUAACUGAAAUUAAUGAAGCUCUGGCAGAAAAUCCAGGACUUGUCAACAAAUCUUGCUAUGAAGAUGGUUGGCUGAUCAAGAUGACACUCAGUAACCCUUCAGAACUAGAUGAACUAAUGAGUGAAGAAUCAUAUGAGAAAUACGUAAAAUCUAUUGAGGAGUGAAAAUGGAACCCCUAAAUAAACUAGUUUGAAACAAUCUAAAAAAAAAAAAAGAAGUAUAAAAUACUAGCCUUCAAUUUUAUUAUGAGAUUCAAAGACAUAGAGUUACCUUGUCCACUGACUGUAAAAGUUAAAAGGACACUUACCCUCAGUUUUGGUACUUAGCUCUUCAAAGACCAGAAACACUUGGUGGACUGGCCCCCCUCUGUGGAUGCUCCCACCCGCUUUGAGUAGUAGCACUGACCUGGGAGAUGGGGGUGUCAGCUCUGUUUCUGCUGGAGGGCCCACCCUGACCUCUCUGAAUCCUGGUUUUUAUGCUACAAAGUGAAAGUGUUAUUGGUCUGCAGGGCACUGUUCUCCCCGACAGGAGAUGAGGAACCAGGAACAGUGCCCAUUUCUGUGUUCCUCACCCAAAUGGUGAUCUCUCUUUAUAAAGAUCCAUCUGGAAGGGACCUGCUGGGGGUUAUUUCAUAUACGCCUUUGGCCACCUUGACCAGAUGUCUGCCCAGCUCAUUUGAAAGGCACACGUCCUGCGUUUGUGACCUUCUGUAACAGAAGGACCUCUGUGUGUGUGUGUGUGUGUGUGUGUGUCUGUACGUAUAGUCAUACCCAGUGCAAGUUUCUUUUUCCUAGUUCAUAGUUUUAGGCUGGUGGAGGUGGGGAAAUUACCCCUUUUAAGAAGUCAUUUAGCAUAAUAAAUGCUGGAGAGGGUUUGGAGAAAAGGUAACUUUCUUGCACUGUUGGCAGGAAUGUAAUUUGAUACAGCCACU